AUGAGUGGGAGGAUACUCUCCCAUCGGCUAGGACCGUUAUUGCGGAACGGUCACCUAACUCGCCAUAUUCAUAAUGCAGGCUCGCGGACCGGCGGCCUUUUACGCGCAGAUGGUGGCGCUGCUCUCAGAGGACGCGCAUGGCCAGUGGGCGCAAAUGCCAUCCACAAUCUCCCUGCUGUUCGAUCAAUUUCAUUUGCUCGAAUGCUUCCGAAGCUGGCAUUGAAGCUUGUCAGGGUUCCGGCUAUGUUCGGCGGUGCAACAAUCGCGGGUCUAGCUUAUUUCCAAUACCAAGCAACUCAGGCCGGUAACUAUGCGAUGGAUGUCUUCAGACAGGCCUCAGAGACCGCGGGGAACACAGCUUCGACCUUAUUCCAAGGACUGCAGGACAUGACAGAUCAGACACAACGCGGGUGGAAUAAGACGACUGAAGACAUCGAAAUACCCGACUGGCUGCAGAAGAUCCUACGUCUCGACGAGGAGUCUGAGUCUCGAAAGGGCGAUUCAUCUGGUGGUGGAGGCAAAGAGCCGAAACAAAGUCGGGCUGGUACUGCUGCCGCUGCCGCUGCUACUACUACGGCGUUUGGAUACGACAAAUCCGGGGAGGAAGAUUUACGGCCGGAGAGAGAUGCUGCCGAGGAUGACCAAAUGAUGCUGCUCACACGCAAAAUGAUCGAAAUCCGAAAUAUUCUCCAGACCAUCGGCCAGUCCGGCACGCUCACUCUUCCGUCGAUCGUCGUGAUUGGAUCCCAAUCAUCGGGCAAAAGCUCAGUUCUUGAGGCUAUCGUUGGCCAUGAGUUUUUGCCUAAGGGCUUGAACAUGGUGACUCGGCGGCCAAUCGAGCUCACGUUGGUCAACACCCCCAACGCUCAGGCAGAAUACGGUGAAUUCCCGGCUCUAGGUCUCGGAAAGAUCACGGAUUUUUCUCAAGUUCAGCGCACACUCACAGAUCUGAACCUAGCCGUUCCUGAAAAGGAUUGUGUCACAGACGAUCCCAUUCAGCUUACGAUAUAUUCCCCCAACGUUCCGGAUCUAUCUUUGAUCGACCUGCCGGGAUAUAUCCAGGUUGCAGGCCGAGAUCAGCCCCCAGAGCUCAAGCAAAAGAUUGCCGAUCUUUGUGAUAAAUACAUUCAGCCACCAAAUGUCAUUUUGGCGAUCUCGGCUGCUGACGUUGACCUGGCAAACUCGACAGCACUUCGAGCCAGUCGUCGAGUAGACCCUAGGGGUGAACGGACUAUUGGUGUGAUUACGAAGAUGGAUCUUGUCAGCCCCGAACGUGGCCACGAUGUCCUUUCCGAUAAAAAAUACCCCCUUCGGUUAGGUUACGUGGGUGUUGUUACCCGGAUUCCUCAGACAACAGCUCUCUUUUCUAGAGGCUCUGGAAACAUCACCAGCGCGAUUCUCAAGAAUGAACAUGCCUACUUCUCUGCGCAUGCGAAUGAAUUCGGUCCCCACUCUGACGUCUCAGUUGGUGUCUCGACACUGCGGAAAACGCUAAUGCAGGUUCUUGAGCAGACCAUGUCAUCUAGCCUAUCUGGAACCAGGGAUGCAAUCAGCCAAGAGCUUGAAGAGGCAACCUAUGAAUUCAAGGUUCAAUAUAAUGACCGACCUUUGAGCGCGGAGUCCCACUUGGCUGAGAGCCUCGAUGCUUUCAAGCACUCCUUCAAGGCAUUCGCGGAGAGCUUCGGGCGACCGCAGGUUCGGGAGAUGCUCAAAGCAGAAUUGGACCAGCGGGUCAUGGACAUUCUGGCGCAGCGCUACUGGAACAAGCCAGUCGAUGACUUGGAUCCUCCACUGCUGGAAUUAGAUCCCCUCAAGGAUCUCCCCAAGGCCGAUCCUGAGUCGCUAUAUUGGCACCGGAAGCUUGAUGCUUCUACCUCAUCAUUAACAAAGCUUGGAAUUGGUCGGUUGGCGACGACUGUUGUCGCCAAUGCUCUCAACAACCAUGUGGACUCGCUUCUAUCCUCGUCUACGUUCGCCUCUCACCCUGGUGCUCACAAACAGAUCAUUGAUGCAUGCACCAGCAUCCUAAAUGACAAAUUCUUCAGCACCAGCGAUCAGGUCGAAAAUUGCAUCAAGCCAUAUAAAUUUGAGAUCGAGAUCGAAGACCCUGAAUGGGCCAAAGGCAGAGACAACGUGGGCAAGGUGCUCAAGGAAGAGCUCAAGGCGUGCGAAUCGGCCAUGAAACAUGUAGAAGAGAUUGUUGGAAAGCGAAAACUCAAAGACGUUGUCUCGUUUAUUGACAGAGUGCGAAAGGGCGAAGUAGUAUUAGAGGGUAACGGUGAAGGUGGCGCGGGUGGUUUCAGUGCCGCCUUGUUGGGGAGAGGACGAGAAGGCCUCUUCCUUCGGGACCGAGCGGAUCUUAUCAAGAUGAGACUGCUCGCCGUCCGGUCCAAGCAAUGCGCAACACAAAAGAACAAGUACUACUGCCCAGAGGUCUUCCUGGAUGUUGUGGCAGAUAAACUCACCUCCACCGCCGUUCUAUUCCUCAACGUCGAGCUCUUAUCUGAGUUCUACUAUAAUUUCCCACGUGAGCUUGAUUCAAGACUUGGACGACACCUUUCAGACGACGAGGUCGAACGGUUUGCCCGCGAGGAUCCCCGCAUCCGCCGUCACCUGGACAUCAUCCGCAAGAAGGAGCUGCUGGAGCUGGCUCUGCAGAAGAUCGAAGGCAUCCGACAGCUUGACGGCCGCGCCAGGAAACCAGAGCGUGCGCCUCCUGGAAAGGAAACGCGAAGCCGUUGGAACCUUUUCUAG